GGGAAAGCAAAGCGCUGUGGUGAACCAAGAACUGCACGAGAGCGAGAGACAAAACUGAGCUUGCCUUUGAACCACCUCUUCAUUUCUGUCAAGCAGCUAAGGAAAGCAGUCACACAGGAUCUAUAAACAGUGAGUGCCUGUUAAAGUUAAAAGGAUCUGCCAACACAAUGUCCUUGGGAAACAUCUCCGGCAACGGAACUUGUGAGAUCCAGGACAAUCUCCCAUGGCUCCUUCUGCCCAUUAGUUAUUCAGUUAUCUGCUGUAUCGGACUCCUCAGUAACACCAUCAGCUUGUUUGUCUUCCUCCGACGGCAUGCCGACACUUCCAUGGCAGUGUACAUGCGGAACCUCACACUGGCCGACUCUCUCCUUGUGCUGUGCCUGCCACUGCGGAUCUACUACCACAACAGUGAAGGUCCCCCCUACUUGUGCAAAGCAGUGGGUGUCUUCUUCUACAUCAAUAUGUAUGCAAGCAUUGCCUUCUUAAGUCUGAUCAGCCUGGACCGCUACCUGAAGAUCAACAAGCCGGUCUGGGUCUUCCGCAUCCAGAAGGUUCGGUGGAGCCGGAUUGCCAGCUACAUCAUCUGGAUCACGCUCUUCAUUGGAAGCUGCCUCUUCUUUGUGGGUAAAAAGCAGAACCACUCAUGCGACAAGAUCUGCUUUCAUUUCCAUAACAAGGGUUCAUUGGCAGGUGGCAUAAACCUGGCUGUGGUGGGCCUCUUUGGUGUCUUGAUUCUGCUCUUCAUAAUAUUCUAUGUGAAGAUUGCGCUGAAACUCAGGACUAUGGAGAUGGGUAAUGGAGACCCCAAGGCUCAAAGUCGUAAGCAGCAGCUCAUCCUGAAGACAUACUUGGUUCCUGUCAUAUUUACGCUGUGUUUCCUGCCUUACCAUUUGGUGCGAAUGCCGUACGUUCUGGCUCAGAUGGAUGUGAUCAAAGGACUGGAGAACAAGCAGAUGUUGCACUCCUGGAACGAAAUGACCUUGCUUCUGUCCACUCUAAACAGCUGCCUAGACCCUAUUAUCUACUACUUCUUGUCCAGCACGUACAGGAAGACCAUCCUUUGUGCUAUCAAAGGCCAGUUUAAAAGCAUGUAUGACUUAAACAGGAGACGUAUCAGCAUCAAUCGCUCAGUUACCGAAAUCUAGCAAAUCUGAAAGACUGGACUCUGAGAUUAUAUGACUGUAAUGAUGUUUGCACAAGUUAUUAAAACAGCAUACUGAGCAUUUCAUAUACACAUCAUAGACUUCACUUUUUUCCUUUUUACUGAUUUUAAUGUUCUCAUAGCUCGUAGAGUAUGUUACUCAUCAAGAAAGGAAGUAACCUUUGCCGUUGUUGCAAAACAACAAUCUGACCUUUGCAAAUGCCAUAAAAUUCAAAUCCUCUCUUUAUUCAUGUAUGGUAGGUUGCGCUGUGGUUAGUGCGAGGGUGGCUGUAUGACACGUUUCGAAGUUUUUUUGUGGAAAGCUGUGCAUUAAACGAUACUGAUUGUGAUAAGUGGUUACUGAAUGAUUCAUGUUGAAGGUUGACUGUGCAUUAUAGCAUUGUAGCGCUGACGUCCAAACUUUUUUCAAAAGACGACAUCAACAGGAAUUUCCCACUGAAGGCAGCUGUUUUUUUUUGCUGAUUUUCAGAUUGCUGUGUUGUACAUUUCUGUAAAAACAUGAGAUGAAACCUAUUUUAAUGUGUUGAAUUUGUCUGUUUUGUGUAAGAUAUAUAUUUAAUUAAUAAAACAUAUCUAAAUAAGGAAUAAUAAAA